AUGGAAGUGAAAAAUCUAACUUUUACGAGUGAUUUUAUUCUUUUAGGCUUUUCAGAGGGACGUGUGAUAUUGUCAUUUUUUAUGUCUGUGAUCUACACAAUGAUUCUAAUGGGAAAUGUUGCUAUUGUAAGCAUUAUACGGAUUGAUUACAAUCUCCAGAUCCCAAUGUAUUUUUUUCUCAGUUAUCUCUCCAUCUUAGACAUUUGUUACUCUUCAGUUACUCUUCCUUCCAUGAUCUUCAACUCUGUAACAGGCAACAGGAGAAUUUCCUUCUGUCUAUGUUUUACUCAGCUGUAUUUCUUUAUCGCCUUUGGAGGAUCUGAAUGCCUAUUGCUAGCAGCUAUGGCAUAUGAUCGAUACGUGGCAAUAUGUAACCCCCUACAUUAUCCAAAUGUCAUGAACAAAAAAAUAUGCUCUUAUCUUGUUUCAGCAUCCUGGUUUGGUGGCUUCUUGAACUCUAUUCUCCACACCUACAUGACAUCUAAAUUGAACUUUUGUAAAAACAGAACUGUGAACCAUUUCUUUUGUGACGUUCCUCCACUGCUAAAUUCUUCUUGUACAGAUACUCAGACCAGCCAAAUAUUAUUGUAUAUUAUUAAUGUUCUACUGGGGAUAAUUCCAUUAUUGUUUGUUUCCAUUUCUUAUAUACAUAUUAUUUCCACAAUCUUAAAGAUUCCAUCUUCUACUGGAAGACGGAAAGCCUUUUCAACAUGUUCCUCCCAUAUCAUUGUUGUUACAGUUUUUUAUAUAACAGGCAAUUUUAAUUAUAUAGGUCCUACUCCAAGAGAUAUGUUUGAUAUUCUAAGAUUGUCACCCAUGCUGUAUAGUGUUGUAACUCCCUUGUUUAAUCCUGUUAUCUACUGCUUGAGAAACAAGGAGGUUAAAAGAGCUUUCAAAAAGAUUCUCUCUAAGAAAUGGAUUUUAAAUGUGUGA